UGCCAGAUGACUCGGUGCCCGCUGUCGUGCCAGAUGACUCAGUGCCCGCUGUCGUGCCAGAUGACUCGGUGCCCGCUGUCGAGCUUGGUGACUCGAUGCCUGCUGUUCUGCCAGAUGACUCGGUGCCCGCUGUUCUGCCAGAUGACUCGGUGCCCGCUGUCGUGCCAGAUGACUCGGUGCCCGCUAUCGUGCCAGGUGACUCGGUGCCCGCUGUCGUGCCAGAUGACCCGGUGCCCGCUGUCGUGCCAGAUGACCCGGUGCCCGCUGUCGUGCCAGAUGACUCGGUGCCCGCUGUCAUGCCAG